AGGGAGCGGGGAGGUCGGGUCGGUUCUCCUCUUACAGUGCUCUGCGGCUGGUCCCCAGCCCAAAGACUCGGCCGAGACGACUCCGAGAAAAUGUCCUACCCUCGGGACAGGUGCCGGGAAGUCUCACAGAGGAAGAUCUAAGGGGCUUUCUGGUCAGCGGGAAGCUGCAGGCAGAAAUUCCCGCGCGGGGAGUGACUUUUUGAGGGGAAUCCCCAAUUCCUCGCUCCCACUAAACCCGACUGUGGGCCUUCGGGGAAGAGCGCUCGGGGCCAGGAAGCCAGUCGUGCGCUUUCCCACUCUCACGCCAGAAAGGCGGCGGCGACUGCAGCCCGCGGCCCCGCCAGCCCCCGCCGAAACCCAGCGGCCGCGCUCCGGGACUUCCGCCUCCGUCGGCGACCGCCCCCCGCCUCUGGGCGAGAGCCAGCCGUUUAGGCGGCGAGGCGUUUCCGGAAGUGUCGUGCGCCGGAUAUCCGGUUCCUCCGGGCGCCCGGGGAGUCGAGCUAGAGGGCCGCCGCCCAAGCCGUAGUCGCGGAACCUGAAGCUCGUCGAGCGGCCGUGUCCGCGGGGUGUGAGCGAGCCCGGGCCCGGUCCCCUCUCUCGCCGCCGCCAUGGGCUGCACGUUGAGCGCCGAAGACAAGGCGGCGGUGGAGCGGAGCAAGAUGAUCGACCGCAACCUGCGAGAGGACGGGGAGAAGGCGGCCAAGGAAGUGAAGCUGCUGCUGCUCGGUGCUGGGGAGUCUGGUAAAAGCACCAUUGUGAAACAGAUGAAAAUCAUUCAUGAGGAUGGCUAUUCAGAGGAAGAAUGUAAGCAGUACAAAGUAGUUGUCUACAGCAAUACUAUUCAGUCCAUCAUUGCAAUCAUAAGAGCCAUGGGACGGCUGAAGAUUGACUUCGGGGAAGCUGCCAGAGCAGAUGAUGCCCGGCAGUUAUUUGUUUUAGCUGGCAGUGCCGAAGAAGGAGUCAUGACCCCAGAACUAGCAGGAGUCAUCAGACGGUUAUGGCUCGACGGUGGAGUGCAAGCUUGCUUUAGCAGAUCUCGAGAGUAUCAGCUCAAUGAUUCUGCUUCCUAUUAUCUAAAUGAUUUGGAUAGAAUAUCCCAAAACAACUACAUUCCAACACAGCAAGAUGUCCUACGAACAAGAGUGAAGACCACAGGCAUUGUGGAAACACAUUUCACCUUCAAAGAGCUGUACUUCAAGAUGUUUGAUGUAGGUGGCCAGAGAUCAGAACGAAAAAAGUGGAUUCACUGUUUUGAGGGAGUGACAGCAAUUAUCUUCUGUGUGGCCCUCAGUGAUUAUGACCUUGUUCUGGCUGAGGAUGAGGAGAUGAAUCGAAUGCAUGAAAGCAUGAAACUCUUCGACAGCAUUUGUAACAACAAAUGGUUCACAGAUACUUCAAUCAUUCUCUUCCUCAACAAGAAAGACCUUUUUGAGGAAAAAAUAAAGAGGAGUCCGUUAACCAUCUGUUAUCCAGAAUACACAGGUUCCAAUACAUAUGAAGAAGCAGCUGCUUACAUUCAGUGCCAGUUUGAAGACCUGAAUAGAAGAAAAGAUACCAAGGAGAUCUACACCCACUUCACCUGUGCCACAGACACCAAGAAUGUGCAGUUUGUUUUUGAUGCUGUUACAGAUGUCAUCAUUAAAAACAACUUGAAGGAAUGUGGACUUUAUUGAAGAGUGUUGAUCUUAGUAAAAGUCACUGCAGUGUGGAGUGUUGCCAGAUUUCUUUGUUGUCCUCAUGGGGCAGCUGCAAGCAUGGACGGGACCAGGAAAUGGCGGCGGCAUGCAGAAUCUUAGAACUUUUUAGCACAAUCUUCUUUAUUAGGGAACUCUUAAUUGACUUGAGUUGCUAACAUCAGACAUUGGAAUUUGAACACCUAUAAAGUUCGAUUCUAUUGGGAGUCAUCUAUUGGAUUUCAUAAUGUUUGAGGCAGAUGUGAAAUUGAGGUGCUGCAUUCCAGAACUUCAAUAUAUAGCUUAGUCAUUUUUCCCCUUCUUGUCCAGCCACCAGUAAUUCAUUUUUAGGUGUUUUUUUUUU